UUCCUCAAGGGCAAGGCUCAUCUCACGGAUCUUGCCUCUCUCUCUCUCAUGCUGCUUCCCCUUUCUUUCCCCCCCUCUCUCUCUCUCUCUCUCUCUCUCCCUAUUUAUAUAUAUUUUGAAGACUAGAGGGAAUUAAUUCUGUUGAGACUCCAUCUCCCAGCGACACAAAGUUGUCAUCUGCACAUUGUCUCUAAUCUAUUCCUGCAGCACUGAUCACUCCUGUAUAAAAAUAAAAAGAAAAAGAAGAUCGAUCGAAGACAAUUAAUGGCUUCUUGGAAAAAAACCAUUGCUUCCCCUUUCAAGAAAGCUUGCACUUUCUUCAAUCAGCAACCAAGAGAUAAGAAAUCUCAGCCAGAGCCAGGAAAUGAGAACCGAGUGAUGGUCAUGGAUCUCCAUGGGGAGGUGAUGGCAUGCGGUUACGAGGAUGUUCAAGUGAUGUGGUCGAUUCUUGAUAAGUCCAAGUCCACCAACUGCAACUUAACUUCUUCUUGAUCUGCUUUCUGCUUUUAGCUCUUGUAGAUACAAACAGAUCCGCUUUGCUUUGUGCCCCUCCCAUCUCCAAAUUUUCAAGAUUUGACGCAGGUGGCCAAUUUUACGUUGUUGUGAUUUAAUUUUAGGGAAUCCACGUGAUUAAUGAUAAAUCACGGCGAGAUUUUUAAUGGAAAGUUUUAGAUUCUGCUAUA